AUGCCCUUGUCGAGCACGUGCAUGUCCAUCUGGCAGAAGGCCAAGAAUGACGCACCGGUGUUGUUCGGCCUGGAGUCGGUGACUGUCUGCCACGAGGAGUGGAAGGUCUCGCGGCAGAAGGCUUUGUUGCAACAUCACCCGGACAAGCUGUUGGACGGUUACUGGGAUAAGUGCGACGAGGCGCGUCCCGGCGCUGUGGAAGUGUCCAGGGCCCAACGUCUCGCGAAGGAGGCGAAAAGAGAGGAGGAGGCCCGGAAACUCGCGGCAGAAGCUCAGGCUGCAGCUGCACCCAAGUCCACAGGCAUUCCUCCUUCUCUGCCAGGCAUGGUACAGGUCAUCUCGCCCAACCAGAAGCGCUCUUGGGAACAGGGGCCAGGGAGCAUGCUCCAAGGCCAGGGGCAUGUGCUGAAGCCCGCAGAACAGGUCCCGGGCAUGAAACCUGCCGUUGUGGUUCCGCCCAUGAAGGCGCCGCCGCCCACUCCCGUGGCUGCAUCGCGAGAGCAGCAGCUUCUUCAGGAGCAGCAGACCUUAGAGCGCCAGGCCCACGAGGAGAUGGCUCAGCUGGUCGAACGGAUGCAGGCUCUGCGUCAGCAGGUGCAGUCGCCCCAAGCUCCAGCAUCGAUGCUUCAGCAGAUUCAAUCUCAGAUGCAGCAACUGUCCCAGCUCCACAGCAACCUGCAGCAGCAGGUUCAGACGAAGCGGCAGCAGCUCAUGCAAGAGCUUGAGCUGGAGCGGCAGAAGUCUCAGGCAAAAGCCGCCGAGGAUGCCAAGGUCCAGCCUUGGAAUGCACAUCCGCAGACGAUGCCACAGCAGAUGGCCCAACCCCAGCAGACAAUGCCACAGCAGAUGGCCCAACCGCAGCAGACAAUGCCACAGCAGAUGGCCCAACCGCAGCAGACAAUGCCACAGCAGAUGGCCCAACCGCAGCAGACAAUGCCACAGCAGAUGGCCCAACAGCAGCAGACAAUGCCACAGCAGAUGGCCCAACCGCAACAGACAAUGCCACAGCAGAUGGCCCAACCGCAGCAGACAAUGCCACAGCAGAUGGCCCAACCGCAGCAGACAAUGCCACAGCAGAUGGCCCAUCCACAGCAGACAGUGCCACAGCAGAUGGCCCAAUCACAGCAGACACAGCAGCCGCAGAAUCUUGGUUGCUGUUCUGGGAAGUUGGAGUUGAGGGAAUCAGAGCAUAA